AUGGCCUGGCCUUUUCCCUCGAGCGGCAACAACGGCGAUGUUUCCAGCUGCGAGAAGCAGUUCAACCGGCACACACCCUGCGCUGGACCGUGGGAAGACGCCCUGAACAAAACGACCGGGGUGGAGCUGGGUGUUGUUGUGGUAGCGGGGGUUGUUCAGCUUCUUUCACUGGUGGUGUUUAAAACACAGCGGAGGGGGGGGCAAGGGAAAAAGGUGUGGUUGGGGAGGGUGGUGGAGAUUUUUACUGGACAGGACGAUGAAGGGCAGGGGAGACGGCCGCUUUUGACGGGGGGGAGGGGUCACAGUGAGGAAGGGAGGUAUAUUGACGGGGGAGUGGAGGAGGAGGAGCAGGGUGGUCACGAAAAUGGCAAUGGCUAUGGAGGGACCUCAAGCUCAGCCCAGACGCAAACACAACCAGACGACAAUAACAGCCGUGGUGGACCAAGGGUCGAAGUCUCCCAUCAUGACCCCUGGGCCGGGGCGGAGAGGGUCUAA